AUUUAAAAGAAAAGUAGCUUCAAGAAGGUCAUGUUCAUGGGCUUAUGCUACUUCCAGCCAUGGGCCUUCUGGGAGCACUUUGCUUUUUAAUUUUCCUGGGCAAAACAUGGGGACAGGAACAAACCUACGUCAUUUCAGCACCCAAAGUCUUCCGGGUCGGAGCAUCUGAAAAUGUUUUAAUUCAAGCUCAUGGCUACACUGAAGCAUUUGAUGUGACAAUCUCUAUAAGAAGUUAUCCUGAUAGAAAAGUGACCUACUCUUCAGGCUGUGUUAAUUUAUCUCCAGAAAAUAAAUUCCAAAACUCGACACUAUUAACAAUCCAGGACAAACAAUUGUCUGAAGGACAAAGCUCAUUUUCAUAUGUGUAUUUGGAAGUUGUGUCAAAGCAUUUUUCAAAAUCAGAAAAACGGCCAAUCCUCUAUGACAAUGGCUCUCUCUUCAUCCACACUGACAAGCCUGUGUACACUCCGCAGCAGCACGUAAAGGUUGGCGUCCUUUUGCUGGGAGAUGUUUUGGAGCCAGUUACACGGGAAACUGUCUUAACUUUCAUAGACCCUGAAGGAUCAGAAGUUGACAAGGUACAAGGAAACAAUCUUACUGGAGCUGUGUCUUUUCCUGACUUCCAGAUUCCUUCUAACCCCAAAUACGGUAGAUGGACAAUUCAGGCUAAAUAUAGAGAAGACGCUUCCACCAACGGAACGACACACUUUGACGUCAAAGAACACGAUAAAGCCUACAAUCUAAAUCUCAUGGCAAUAAGUGAUCUGCAGCAAGAACUGAAAAUUCAAGAUGAAGCCCAAGGCGCGAGUCUCCAGUCAGCAGAUUUCCUGGAACAGAAAGUAAGAGAACAAGCUGCUACAUACAAACAUCCAGUAGUAAAGAAGUGUUGUUAUGACGGAGCCAGACCUAGUCCCUAUGAAACCUGUGUGCAGCGAGCAGACCGUGUGAAAACAGGCCCGCGCUGUGUCCAAGCCUUCACUCAAUGCUGCACCAUGGCAACCCAGAUCAGAGCUACAGAAACCUUUAAAGAUCUCUAUAUUGCAAUGAGCCCUGGAGUGGAGUGGAGUUCAGAGGUGCAGGUGCCACCCUUUAAUCUCAGCACUGAGGAGGUGGAGACAAGCGGAUCUCCAUGAGUUCUACACCAGCGUGCUCUACAGAGUCAACCUGAGGACAGUCUCCAAAUCAACAGAGAAAUCCUGCCUUAAAGAAAUAAAUAAAUAAAAUAAAGAUAAAAGAAAAGA